CCUUCCUCUGACCUGCUCAGGAACUAAAUCCCAGAGCAGCAUGAUGAGGUCACGGGUCAGAGCAGAGGCAGCAGCUGUGAGGGGGAGUACAUCUUCCUUCAUCAGUGCCGGUCUGAUUCCAGUGGACAGUGUACAGAACUUCCAAUGCUCAGAAUCCAGCUCAGCCAAGUUCAACUCCAACUCAUCAAAGCUACCAGAGCAUUCAGGAGAAUUACCAGAUUUCCAGAAGAUUCAGGCAGCUAUUCAAGGAGCUGGAAGCCAAACACAACAGGUGCUCGGGAGGGCGUCAUGAUCGGCCCAGACCCCAGGCGCUCCCUUGGCGCGGCCCGGUGGGCUGAGAGCUACGAGGCCAAGUGCGAGCGGCGGCAGGAGACCCGGGAGAGCCGGCGCUGCCGUCCCAACGUGACCACUUGCCGCCAGGUGGGGAGAGCCCUGAGGACCCAGCAGAGAGAGCAACUGCGGAGAGCUCGACAACUGCAGUUCUUCAGGAGGAGGAACUUGGAGGUAGAGGAGAGAGGCCAGGCCCAGUGUCUCCGAGCCAGGGAGCCAGGCCACUCCAGGAGGGCAGGCCGGGCAGCUGUCUUCAAGGAGUCUUUGUCUUGUUCCAAGAGGAUCAGUUCCCCUGAACAGCAGGUGUCAGGGACCAGUUGCAAGGUCCUCCCAAUCCAGUAUCAUUCUCCCUCAAGCAUCCACAGGGAUCUGGCUGAGCACUACUCCUCACAAGCAGGAGCCCUUCCACCACGAGACUCUCCCAUCACGAAGCCACCCAAACGCCACUGUGGCACUCAGACAAAAGCAGAAGAUGCACAGCCAACAAUUAAGAAUGAUGCCAGUCAGCAAACCAAUUAUGGAGUUGCAGUUCUGGAUAAGGAAAUCAUUCAGCUUUCUGAAUACCUCAAAGAGGCCUUACAAAGGGAACUGGUCCUAAAGCAGAAAAUGGUGAUUCUCCAAGACCUACUAUCCACUCUGAUUCGGGCCUCAGACAGCUCUUGGAAGGGACAGCUGAAUGAAGACAAACUGAAGGGCAAACUGAGGUCCCUGGAAAACCAGCUCUACACCUGCACCCAGAAAUACUCCCCUUGGGGAAUGAAAAAGGUGCUGCUGGAGAUGGAAGACCAGAAAAACAGCUAUGAGCAGAAGGCCAAGGAAUCCUUGCAGAAAGUGCUAGAGGAGAAAAUAGGCGCAGAGCAGCAACUGCAGAGCACACAGCGGUCCCUGGCCCUGGCAGAGCAGAAGUGUGAAGAGUGGAGGAACCAGUACGAGGCUCUCAAAGAGAAGUGGAAGAACCUAGGGGCACAGCACAGAGAGCUGGAGAGCCAACUCCACGUGCUUCAGUGCAAACUCCAGGGAGCGGACAGUAAAAACACACAGAUGAACCAGGCCCUGCGACGUCUGGAGCACGAGCAUCGGGAGUUGCGGGCCAAGACUGAACGCCUGCAAGGAGAGCAAGACCUGUGCGCCUCCGACUCCCAGGACCUGCAAGAUCAACUAAAGAGGUCGGAGGAAGAGAAACUUGCCCUGGUGGCCAGAGUACAGCAGCUGCAGAGUCUGCUUCAGAAUCAAUCCUUACAGCUUCAAGAACAGGAGAAGCUCUUAAAGAAAGAUCAGGCCUUGCCUGUGUGGACUCCAAAGCGUUCCCAGGAAGUGGAGCCUGAGGGUACAGGGAAGGACAAGGACUUGAAUCUCAGAGAAGAGCUGCAAAAGAAGACUUUGCAGCUCCAGGCCAAGGAACAGGAGUGCACAGAGCUGCAUUCAGAGUUAGACAACCUCAGUGACGAGUACCUCUCCUGCCUGCAUAAGCUACAGCACUGUCGAGAAGAGCUGAAGCACAGCCUGCAACUGCCACCCAGAGUAAGAGGGUCCAUCUUCCUGAACAGCGCUAGAUGCUGGGAGGACAAUUCCUUUUCUGGCCAAACCUUGCAGAUAAAAUCUAUCAGCCCUUUGGGAUACAUCUGACCAUCCUAUCCCACACCAUUUGCUUUAUACUAUGCUGACAUGAAACCAUGAAGGAAGACACUAGUCGACACAUCCAAGCAUAGUUCUCAUGGAACUCAUGCACUCAGAGAAAGUCUUUAUGACAUGCUGAAUAAACCUAACCUGAACAUUCUUCAUCUAAAAUGCUCUGAAUCUGAAAUUUUUUGAGCUCUACAUGAAUUCUGGAGCAGCCAGGUGGGGUAGCCCAUGCCUAUAAUCCCAAUACUUGGAAGGCUGAGGCAGAUAGGCAGAUCACAGUGAGACCCUGUCUCAAAAAAAAAAA